CGACUAGAUGACUCUGGCGGGAUAUUUGUUUUGUGGUAUAUGGCAAUGCAAAGUUUGAGAUCAAUUCGGACGGGGUGUCUGACAUGCUACGAGUGCGUUGUAAUAUUUGCAGGGAAUCCAUUCAUGAUGGCGCAGCAUGUUGCCCAUGUGGCCAUGUUUAUCAUCUAAUAUGCAUAAAUCAGUGGCUAAAUCAAAGUCGUUCAUGCCCAACAUGUCGUACCACUGCCUCGAAAGCAGUUGUGCUGUUCUUUGACGGAGCUGACUUGGACAGUUCACAAGUUACAAAUGACGUGGACAUUCUAAAGAAUACUAUAGAAGAUCUUAAGUCUUUGUUGAACCAGAAAGAAGUUGAUCUCAGGAGUUUAAAACAUGAACACAAGAGAGAACUUGCUCAGGAAAUAUCUGCUUUGGAAAAGCAAAAGGAUUCUGCUUUGGAAGAACUGAGGAAAUGGUAUGAGAAGAAACUUCAAAUGGAAAAAUCGACUUCUACUGGACUCAAGAAGCAACUAAGUUAUAUGAAGGAAAAAGAAAGGGAACUUGCUACUGCACAGAGUGAAGCCACUGAACUAAAAGCUGAGUUUUUAAAAUUAAAACGUAUGAGGAUAUUAAUAGAUGAACAUACAAGUGAAGCCGAAGACAUGUUGCAGCAGUUAGAUGCUAAAUCAUUCCCAGAAGUCAUCCUUCAACUUAUCACACUCAAAAGGAAACUAGAGGAAAAAAAGUUGAAAUGCAAGCAAGCCAUAGAUACAACAGAUAAAGUUAGAAAAGAAAAUGUUAUGAUAAAAAAUGAGGCAGCUUACAAGGAAAUUGAGUUGACAAAAAUUAAAGAUCAUCUUAAGAUGGCAGAGGAAGAUAUCCAAAGACUUGAAAAAGAAAAUGCCAGUUACAAGAAGAAGUUGACAGCAAUGGAGAGAGCAUUUGCAUCCCCUAGUCCACGGAGUAGUGCCAUUGGUCGCCUUAUUAGGGAGAGUCCAGCACCAAUGGAUAUUAAGAGGCCAAGGCUAAGCUGUCCUGAAGACGAUUUGGAAAAUAUUGUUAUAGCAGAAACACCAUCUCCAAAGUCAAAAGUUUCUUAUGGUAACAGUGAACUGAGGAACAUUGCAGAAGAAAUGGGAUUGUCCCUGGUGAAGACAACAAGCCUAACCUCUCCUCCCAGUCGCACAGUAUUGAAGCCUACUCAACAACAGCCUAAAAAGGCUUCAGAACCAGCUGGGGGGUCUGUGUUCAGACGCGGUUAUAAUGGACUGGGUGGACAUACAAAGUUCCUUGCUCCAUCAAGACCAAUCAAAACAGUAUCACGUAAAGUGGCAAGACCCCAUGGCAUUUCAAAGUUUAUCAAACCUGCCAAGCUUAUGAGAGUGGCUGACCCUCCUCUUCCUGUCAUGGACUUGAAUUCAAAUUCUUAAAUUAAAGAGAACUACUUAGCAAACAAUUAUUUAUUACAGAUACUAUACAAAAUUGUUUGCUUUACUUAAUUUAUGCAGAUUUUGUUAUACUAAGGAUGACUUUAGGAGAACACUCAAAAAUGUACCACGAACAUUUUUCCUUUAGUUUGUUUACUUAAUAAUUUAGAUCACAGCAGUCAUAAUUAUCACGGCAUUGAUAUUACCCUACAUUGGAAAUCAGACAAAACUUGCUAGUCUGAUGUGCAAUGAGGAUACCAAGGACUUUUCAUUAAUAAACUGUAGUUGAUUUUUUUCCCAGGACAUUUCAUAUUGUUCUGUUAGUCACUUACUUCAGCAGUGCUUAUAGAGUUCUUGAAAAUCUUCAUUUGAAAUGCUUAUGAGGCUUUACAUCUACCUUUGUCGGAUAGAUCAGACCUUUGACUUGUUUCAGUCAAGCUAGAGUCUUUCACUCGAACCGGUGUUGUUAGCAAAUUAUCAAGAGUGAUCAAACAUCCAAAACUGGCGACCUUGCAUCAUUGUCAUUUUACUGACAAAGAUAAUGGAAGGACCAACUCCUACGUGCCCGCUGGCGCACUGUCCUGCUACUCAGUCCAUCAUUGUGGGCAGCCGCACGAGAAAUUAUUUGGCUUGGCAGAGAGCCAAAUGUUUUCAUGUUCAGCCCUACCUAACUCGGGCAAAGAGCAGUUU